GUGCGGAAUCAGUUGUCGUUAAUAUUUGAGCGAAGAAAGAGCUGAGGACGAAAAUGUGGACACUACGUGGUGCAGCCCUCGCGCUGAUCUUGCUCGUCGGAUACUCGGCUGGCAACAUUUUCAAUGUAGUAACAUUCGAUCAGGGUCGCUACAAGAUCGAAUACGUAACGGACGGGAAUCUCCAAUCGGCUCUCGGUAGCAUUCAGGACCCUAGCGCAGUCCGCGAGCUCGACUUGAGCGCCAAUGCGCUGACUGCAGUUAGUGCGAGCGAUUUUCUUGCGUUCCGUCAGCUGCAGCAGCUAAAUCUGUCGUCGAAUCUGCUGCAGGGAGUGGUCGAUCUCUCGCAGCUCGGAACGGUGCGGUCCAUUGACCUGAACAACAACGACAUCGAGGAGGUCAAGCUUGGGCGGUCCGUGGAGAAGCUGUCGGCCGUAAAUAACCACAUCAACAGGAUGCACUGCGACGGAAGCCCGAAGAAGCUGAUUUUGGCCAACAACAAGAUCGGCUCGGUGACCAGCCUGAUACUGCCGUGUGUGAACGCCGUGGAACAUUUGGACUUGUCCGUGAAUGAAAUCGACACCGUUGACUUUGGAGACCUCGGAGAGGCUAGCGGCUCGCUCAAGCAUCUGGAUUUGUCGUUUAACUUCAUCUUCGAUGUGCGUAACUCGCACGACGUCAUCUUUUCGGUGCUGGACAUGCUCGAUCUGUCGAGGAACAAGAUAUCGUUCGUUGGGGUACCGUUCAACGUUGCCCAGAGAGCGAAAUCCGUAAAUCUCAGCCACAAUCAGAUCGUCAUGAUAGAUAGCAAAUUGAAGCUUACCAGCCAUACGACGAGUUUGGAUCUGAGUGGUAACGUGCUGCAGUGUGCUUCGUUGAAAGCUUUCAAUGACAAGUAUCUAAACUUGCGAAGCACUCCCCGGCAGUGCAAUCCGAGCGAUUCGCCCGUGUCCGAACGUCGGGAUUGCUGUGAGCCACUUUCCGCUCCGUUUGCGGAUCGACUUAUUGAACUUAAGCGCCGGGAGCAUUCGCUUCUUGCGAACCCCAGGGACCCCAAGGGAAGAACAACGUGUCAGAUGGACAACGAAAGCCGAAGCAAGAAAGUAGAAACCCUCAGACACAGGUACCAGGUCCCCGUUAAAGACGCAAUUCGGAGGGAACAGGUCAAGAAAAGGCUCGAAGGGGAAAAGGGGCAAUAUGAGCAGAGGAUUAAAACGAAUCAGGAGGCAACCGUAAAGGUGCGUGAAGUUCUCGCCGAAGCCACCAGAAAACAAAACAUCACGACUGAUAAUACUGCCGAAAUUACAUCCAUCCUGGCGGAUGUUAUUCGGGAAUACGAAAACCAGCUUGCGGCUGAGGAGAGGCGAAAGCACGCGGCCGUAAAGGACUGGAAUCUGUACCAACUACAGAUCGACGAGCUGGAGGGUGAAAACGAUCGCUUAAGUAAACUCAUCGCCGUUCAGGAUUCCCAGAUCGCUGAAGGCAACGCCACUUACGUGGAGUUGCAGUCCAAACAGGAGCGGUUAACAAAAGUUCUCGCGUCCCGAAACGCUGCCGAAGCGCAGUAGUGAGUGUCGCUUUAGGCAACAUUGAAAAGAAUGCUUAACUGACGAAAAGUUUUGUUAAAAUAAACCGCAACCAACCGUUA